AUUCGAACAAGCGUUAGUCAGCUGAUGGUAGCAAAUCUUUAAUUUUCCGGGCAAACUGUUUGGAAUUCUUCUGCUAAUUGUUUUGAAGAUACACUUAAAACAUUAAAAAUUAUUCUGAAAAUUGAUUUAUGUUUAAUACAUCGUUAAAGUAGACUUAUAAUAGAAAUUCGAAGCAGUCACUCAGCAGUCAGCUGUUUCCAGAAGCCGGUCGCAAGAGGGAAAUAAUUGCAGUGCUUCUGUAUACUUAACUGCCUUCGUAAUAUCAAAAUGACGAAUCAGAGUCAAAAUGCCAAGCAAACUAAGAAUGAAUCAAAGCAUGAUCCAAAGAAAGAAGACCAAACACAAGGAAAGGAGAAGAAGGAUAAGGCAUCAAAGGAACAGGAGGAACUGUCUGAGGAGGACAAGCAGCUACAGGAAGAGCUGACGAUGCUGGUCGAGAGGCUUCAGGAGAAUGAUACUUCACUAUAUUUGCCAGCACUGGAGUCGAUGAGAACAAUGAUUCGAGCCUCGACUACUUCAAUGACAUCAGUGCCCAAACCUUUGAAGUUUAUGCGGCCGCACUUUGAGACGAUGAAGCAGAUCCAGGCUAACCUCACAGACGCCAAGGUGAAGGGCACCUGCGCCGACGUCGUCUCCGUCCUGGCCAUGACCAUGUCGGACAAACGCGAGUGCCUCAAGUAUAAGCUGCUCGGCUACAGUAACGACAUCGGUGACUGGGGCCACGAAUAUGUCCGGCACCUGGCCGGCGACAUAGCCGCCGAGUGGGCCGAGCCGGCCGACCCCGCUGAGGGCACGGACGAGGAGGCCACCGAGCGGCGCCGCGCCCGGCUGGUCAAACUCUCCGCCCAGCUGGUGGCCUACCUGAUGGAACACAACGCCGAGGCGGAGGCGUGCGAUCUGCUGAUGGAGAUUGAGAGGCUGGACCUGCUGGAACAGCACGUCAGCAAGGACACGUACCAGCGGGUCUGCCUCUACCUUACCAGCUGCGUGCCGUACGUGCCGGACCCGGAGAACACGCGGCAGCUGCACGUGGCCCUGCAGCUGUUCCGCAAGUUCGAGCAGUACCCGCAGGCACUGCGCAUCGCUAUGCAGCUGCAGGAUCAGGCGCUCAUUCAGGAGAUCUUCUUCGACUGCAAGGACAAGUCGCUCCAGAAGCAGCUGGCGUACAUGCUGGCCCGUCAGGGUGUGUUCGUGGACCUCAAUGAGGACGAGUACGGUGACCUGGUGGAAAUCAUCAACAACACCGACCUGAACACAAACUUCCUGUCUCUGGCGCGAGAGCUGGACAUUAUGGAGCCCAAGACGCCGGAGGACAUUUACAAAUCACACCUGGAUAACGCGCGGCCCUCGUUUGGAGCCAACGUGGACUCGGCGCGUCAGAACCUCGCAUCCAGCUUCGUCAACGGCCUGGUCAACGCCGGUUUCGGCAAGGACAAGCUGAUGACGGACGACGGCAACAAGUGGCUCUACAAGAACAAGGAGCAUGGUAUGAUGAGCGCCAUGGCGUCAUUCGGCCUGGUGCUGCUAUGGGACGUGGACGGUGGUCUCACACAGAUCGACAAGUACCUCUACUCAAACGAAGACUUCAUCAAGGCCGGCGCGCUGCUGGCCUGCGGUAUCGUCAACUCGGGAGUGCGGAACGAGUGCGACCCGGCGCUGGCUCUGCUCUCUGACUACCUGCUGCACCAGAACAACCUCAUCAGAGUGGGAUCCAUACUGGGUCUGGGUAUCGCCUACGGCGGCACCAACCGAGAGGAUGUCCUCAGCAACCUGCUGCCCGCCAUGCAGGACCCCAAGUCAAACAAGGAGGUGGUGGCGGUGACGGCGCUGGCGUGCGGUAUGAUUGCCGUCGGCUCCGGAAACCCGGAGGUGGCCCCCGCCAUCCUGCAGGUCAUCAUGGACCGUACCUCGUCCGGUGACACCAAGGAUGCGUUCGUCAAGUUCCUGCCGCUCGCGCUGGGUCUCAUCUAUCUCGGUAAGCAGGAGGACGCGGAGGUGAUCACCUGCGCCCUGGAGGUGUGUGACGAGCCGUUCCGAUCCAUGGCUACCACGAUGGUGGAGGUUUGCGCCUACGCGGGCACCGGACACGUACUGAAGAUACAGAAACUGCUGCACAUCUGCUCCGACCACUACGAGCCGGAGAAGGCCGACGACAAAAAAGACGACAAGAAGGACGACAAAAAGUCCGGCUCGGCCUCUGCCAAAGAUAAGGAGGACAAGGGUGCUGCGGCGGCGAAGAAGGAAGACAAACCGGUCGACCACUCCUCACAGCAGAGCGUGGCCGUGCUUGGCCUGGCGCUGAUCGCUAUGGGAGAGGAUAUCGGCUCAGAUAUGAUGCUGAGGAUGUUUGGACACCUGUUGCGGUACUGUGAACCGUGCAUCCGUCGCGCGGUGCCGCUGGCGCUCGGCCUGGUCUCUGUCUCCAACCCCAAGCUGAGCAUCCUCGACACACUCAGCAAGUUCUCACACGAUGCCGACCAGGAGGUGGCGCACAACGCCAUCUUCGCCAUGGGACUGGUCGGUGCCGGCACCAACAACGCUCGGCUGGCGGCGACUCUGCGGCAGCUGGCCCAGUACCACGCGCGCGACCCCAACAACCUGUUCAUGGUGCGCAUCGCCCAGGGUCUGACGCACAUGGGCAAGGGCACGCUGACGCUGAACCCGUGGCACAGCGACCGGGCCCUGAUGUCACCCGUGGCUGUGGCAGGUCUCAUGGCUACACUCACCGCCUUCCUGGACGUCAAGUCAUUGAUCCUGGGCAAGUCGCACUACCUGCUGUUCUGCCUGACGACGGCCAUGCAGCCGCGGAUGCUGGUCACCUUCGACGAGGAACUGAAGCCGCUGCCCGUCUCUGUCCGCGUCGGUCAGGCGGUCGACGUUGUGGGACAGGCCGGUAAGCCCAAGACCAUCACCGGUUUCCAGACCCACACCACACCCGUGCUGCUGGCGUAUGGAGAGCGUGCCGAGCUGGCCACAGAAGAGUACGUACCCCUCACCUCAGUCCUCGAAGGCUUCGUCAUUCUCCGGAAAAAUCCCGACUACGUGGCUUGAGAGUGCUUAGCGCCGGCGGCGUUGGCUGUUAUCGCCAAGUCGUGGGUUCGAUUCUCACUUUCCGCGCGUUUUCUCGUAAUGCCACCGAAGACGUGGCAGAAGCGCGGCUUAUGGCGAGUGAGCGCAGGCGUCUUGGACCUAUUCGUCAGUGUUCUGUGUGUCGCGGUGACUCGUGACUUGGCGGGGUCUUGGAGAGACUUCGCGUUCGUGAAUACGAUAAUAUAACGGUUCUGUCGCGA